AUGAAGACGGAUUUCAAGUUCUCCAAUCUCUUGGGGACGGUGUAUCGUAAGGGCAAUUUGCUCUUUACGCCCGACGGCACUUGCUUGCUCUCGCCAGUCGGCAAUCGAGUCACCGUCUUUGACCUCGUGCACAAUACCUCCUAUACCCUUCCCUUUGCCCACCGCAAGAACAUUGAACGCCUCGAUCUAUCCCCUCGAGGCAAUUUGCUCUUGACCGUCGACGAGUCGGGCCGGGCCAUUCUGACCAAUUUCCAACGGCGCAUUUCAAUCCACCAUUUCUCCUUCAAAUCUCGUGUCUCCGCCCUCAAAUUCUCUCCAUCGGGACGCCAUUUUGCGGUAGGCGUGGGAAGACGUCUCCAGCUGUGGCAGACCCCCUCCACGCCUGGUACCGAGACCAAUGGCGAGAUUGAAUUUGCACCCUUUGUUCUCCACCGCGACCUAGCUGCACACUUUGACGACAUUCAAACCAUCCAGUGGUCAAGUGAUUCCCGAUUUUUACUCACCGCGUCUAAGGAUUUGACAGCGCGGGUAUGGAGUUUAAACCCCGAGGACGGCUUUGAACCCACUACCCUCUCCGGUCACCGGCAAGGUGUAGUAGCCGCAUUCUUCAAUGCGACUCAAGAUAUAGUGAGUGUUUCGAGCUUUUUCUACAAGUCCCUAUUGCCAGAAUUACUUCUUACACACCACAAUCAGAUCUAUACUGUCAGCGACGAUGGCGCCCUUUUCCGCUGGGAGUAUGUCACCAAGAAAGAUCGGGAGACAGAUGAAGAUAUUGCAGAGGCCAGGUGGAGAAUCGUUAAGAAAGACUUCUUCAUGCAAAACGAAGCCAAUGUGAACUGCGCGGCGUUCCAUGCGAAGUCAAAUUUGCUGGUCGUGGGCUUCUCAAACGGGCUGUUUGGGCUGUAUGACCUCCCAGAGUUUAACACAAUCCAUGUGUUAAGUGUUUCCCAGAGUAACAUUGAUGUUGUAACCAUCAAUGAAUCCGGAGAGUGGCUCGCUUUAGGUUCAUCUCGAUAUGGCCAACUGCUGGUUUGGGAAUGGCAGUCCGAAUCUUAUAUUCUCAAGCAACAGGGCCAUCUUGAUUCGAUGAAUGCCAUUGCUUACUCGCCUGAUGGACAGAAAAUUGUCACAACAGCUGACGACGGCAAAGUCAAAGUAUGGGAUGUCAAAUCAGGCUUCUGCAUUGUGACUUUCACUGAACAUUCAAGCGGAGUAACUGCGUGUGAGUUUGCAAAGAAGGGCAACGUCCUGUUCACUGCCUCGUUGGAUGGGUCGAUCCGCGCCUGGGACUUGAUUCGGUACCGUAAUUUCCGCACUUUCACUGCACCUACCCGUCUGUCGUUCUCUGCCCUGGCGGUCGACCCCAGCGGUGAAGUCGUCUGUGCCGGUUCGCCCGACUCUUUCGAUAUCCAUGUCUGGUCUGUGCAGACCGGUCAAUUGCUGGAUCAGCUCUCUGGCCACGAGGGCCCAGUCUCCAGCCUUGCCUUCGCCGCUGAUGGGAACCACCUUGUCAGUGGCAGCUGGGACAGCACAGUCCGAGUUUGGAGUAUUUUUGGGCGAACGCAGACUAGCGAACCACUUCAACUGAUGUCGGAUGUCCUCAGUGUCUCCUUUCGUCCUGACGGGAAACAGAUCGCUGCCUCUACACUUGAUGGCCAGCUUUCAUUCUGGAAUGUCUUCGAUGCCAUCCAGGAAAGCGGCAUUGACGGGCGCCGUGAUGUUUCUGGAGGCCGGACUAUUUCCGAUCGGCGUACCGCCGCCAAUUCGGCAGGAACGAAGUCUUUUAAUCGUAUUACUUACAGUGCUGAUGGUAGCUGCAUUCUUGCCGCUGGUAAUAGCAAGCACAUUUGCUUGUAUGAUGUUAACACGGGAUCUCUGAUCAAAAAGUUCACCGUCUCAGUCAACACGUCCCUGGACGGCACUCAGGAGUUCUUGAACAGCCGCGAUCUCACCGAAGCCGGCCCCCGCGGGCUACUUGACACGACUGGUGAAGCUUCCGAUAAGGAAGAUCGUAUCGAUCGUUCUUUGCCUGGUGCCAAACGUGGCGACGCCGGUGCCCGCACAACCCGGCCCGAAGUGCGAGUGACGUCGGUGGAUUUUGCACCCACUGGGCGCUCUUUCUGUGCUGCCUCCACUGAAGGCCUUCUGAUCUAUGCCCUGGAUACGGACUUUGUUUUUGAUCCUUAUGAUUUGGAUAUCACCAUCACUCCCUCCACCAUCAUGGCCACGCUCGAUGCUGCCAAGGCCGCUGCCGCUUUCAACAGUGUGGAUGACGAUAACACAUUCUUGAAGGCUCUGAUCAUGGCUUUCCGGCUGAAUGAGUCAAAACUCCUCCGUGCCGUGUACGAGGCGAUCCCUCCAUCGGAUAUUCCGCACGUGGUUCGAUCCGUACCCACGGUUUACUUGCCCCGUCUGCUGCGCUUCGUUGCACAUGCUGCUGACGAAACGCCACAUUUGGAAUUCAACCUUCUGUGGAUUGAGUCUCUUUUCAGCUGCCACGGCCGGUAUUUCAAAGAUAACUCUGGUACAUUCGCUCCCGAAUUGCGUGCGGUCCAACGCGCUGUCGACGACAUCCGAGAGAACCUCAAGCGCCUGGCGGAGAAGAACCUUUACGAUCUUAACUAUCUUCUUUCCAAGCCAGUCCUUGCCGACAAGAAGCCUAGCGCCGCUUUGCUGGCCAUGGAAGUCAGCGAUGCUGAAGAUGCGGACGACCAGAUGGCUGAUAGUGAUGAGAAUGAAGGCGAAUGGAUCGGACUGGAAUGA